ACACAGCAAAAGUUAUUGAAAAAUUAAAAAUUAAAGGGGGCGUAAACAUCCUGAGCAACAGGCAAGGGUUAAUUUGCAUGCUGCUGUUGGACUUUAACACCUGCAGCAGAUUUUAAAUUUGCCUGCUGAUGCAGUUCGUGAACAUAAUUUCACUUUCAGCUGAAGUUUGUUCCACGCAUUGUUCUUAAGUGCUUACCAGUCCAUGAGAAUUCUCUUUGACUGAAGCCAUGCUCUUCCUUUCAACCCUGCCUCCUUUCUAUCUUGGCCUCUUCUUCUUUCUGUCGUACAACUCCCCUGUUCUCUCCUGUCAGACUGGGACCCAGAGUGAGUGCGAGUCUGCUCCCUUUGUACCGGGCCACAGCCUGGUGGGUGCAGGAUUUGAUGUGGUCUCUGCGCGUCAAACAGGAGCUUUUGUGGUGGAUGUGAACAAGUACCUCACUCCAAAUGGCACCUGUACUCUCUGUUCCAAUCCCCUUCAAGGCAACACCUUGCAGAAGCUGCCAGUAUCUGUAGUGGACUGGCAUGCAUUCAGCCAAUGCAACCCUGAGGUUUACAGCAGUGUACACACAUCUGUUAGCUCACUGAUGAAGGUUGGCCUAAAUUUGGAUGAUUUGGAGUCUGAUGACCAGAUUGUGGGAGGUACAGCCUCUGAGGUCUAUAAGUUUGCUACACAUAGUGCCAAAGAGGACGACUACACCUUCAGUGUACAUGGCAUCACCUGCAAGCAUUAUAGUUACCGCGUAGCAAAUGAACCGCUUCUCACCGAAGAGUUCAAGAAGGCUGUGAACAAUCUGCCAGAGGAGUACAGCCUCACAGAGAAGGACCAGUACGACGCAUUGAUACAAACCUAUGGCACACACUACAUCCACCAGAUUCACCUUGGGGGGAGACUGAGGAGGGUCACAGCUGUACGAAUCUGUUUGGCCUCACUGAACGGGCUUUCUUCUCAGGAGGUUCACUCCUGUUUAUCACACGGAUUCUCUGUUGGCUUGGGGAAGAUAAAACUAUCCAGUGACCGACCAUCUUGCAUGAAAGUCCUAGAAAAUCGGGAUGAAGCCACUAACUAUAACGCUGAUCUCCACAAACACCACACUGAGGUGGCUGGAGGCACUGCUUGGUCAGGGGACUUUUCCCUCACCCAUAAUAACUCCCUGGACCUUGUCCACUGGCUGAACAGCUUGAAGGAUAGCCCAGGUGUUGUUUCAUACUCCCUUUUGCCACUGUAUGAGCUGAUGCCAACCGAGACACAAAAGGCAGAGAUGAAGAAAGCCACGUUGGCAUACUUAUUAAGCAAGACCGUGCAGAGCUCACACAGAGAACUAUUUUGUUGGCUGCUCGAUAACCUGGCAUCCAACUGCUGUCCUAUACAAACCAGGAGGGGGAUGUUGAAUGUGACUAAUAUUAAAGCCUGGAAUCUGUGGGGAGAUGAUUGGGAUAUAACUGACAGCUACGCCGUAAUGAAGAUUGAUAACGUCUAUCGCAGGACUAGUAUGAUCUAUUCAAACAACCCUCAGUGGAACACUGAUCAUGAGCUUGGCACGGUGAACACAAACUCAGAGUUAACAUUCGAGAUUUGGGAUGAGGACCCAUCCUAUGAUGAUCUUCUGGUAAAGUGUACGAAACAGCUGAGGAUGGGGACACACACAUUUACCUGCCAUAGCGGGAAAAGUGGCUUUGAGGUCAAGUACACUCUGAUCUGCAACCCUCAUCUGACAGGAGACAAGUGUGAGCGCUAUAAACCGAAAUCACAAAUUCUGUAAUCUUGCAAUGUAAAGAGUCACAUGAGUGAUUUGUUUUAUGUAAAUCUUUGAGGCUCAGGUAUUCUUUGAUCAAAUAAAUCAAGAGUAGAUUUCUACACUGGCUAUCAGUAUAUGUACUUUAAAUAAAAGAUAAUCACUUUUUUUAUAUCAACACAUUAAAAUUAUAAAUACAGGUCUGUAAACACAAUCAAAUAUUGUGAACUCUCAACAUCUUUCAUCUUCCAGCUGUGCAAAAACUGUUAAUCCUUGUAGCAUCAUUCUUUGUUUAACCUUCUCAUGCAAAUAAAGAUUGUGCUUUAUGUACUUAAAAGGUUUUUUCAGGUACAUAAAGUAUCUAAUUAUUUUAUAUGAAGUUAUCUUGGAUUGACUGAAGUGUAAUAAAGUGUUUCUUAAACA